UUAGUCAUUUUCACGGUCUGAAAAUCAUCAGUUAAGCUUAUCACUUCAAAGAUGAGAGGUGACUUAAAAUUGAUUCUAAUUCUUGUGGUUGUCUGUGUCUGCUUCAUAUCAACUGAUGGACAGGGCACAAAAGCAUCAGUAAAAAAAUCGGAAGUAACCAAAAAACCACCAAAUGGAGCAGGCAACCACAUUCCUAAGCCUACAAAGUCUGCAGCAGCAAAAGACAAAUUUGCAGAAUUUAAGAAAAAACAUGGCAAGGCAUAUCGAUCAGCACAAGAGGAAGCAGAAGCAAGAAAAGCAUAUGAACAAAACAGUAAGAAUGAUGAAAAGCACAACCAACAAAGGAAUAAAACUUACAGACGUGGCACUAAUGCCUAUUCUGAUAAAAGUCAUGAUUGGAAGGUCAAGAAUCGAAUGGGGGCAUCCAAAAAAGCAAGUAGUCCGAAUAAUAAGAAUAAAGCGAUGAAGAAGAAGGCAGGAAAGUCAUUAUCAGCUAGGAUGUCUGAUACAGAAACGCCUGAAGUACCUGACAGUGCAAAUUGGACUGACUGGAACUCGCCAAUAAGAGAUCAAGCUGACUGCGGUGCUUGUUGGAUAUAUGCACCACUUGCUGUUCUGGAAUAUCUUAUGAUUGUUAUUAGAGGUGAUACGGAAGCUAAUUUAUCUGAACAAGAGAUUCUUGACUGUAAUAUUGCGGACGGAGGGUGUGAUGGAGGAUGGCCAACGGAUGGCUUCGAUUACAUCAUCGAAAAUGGAUUAACAACUGAACGUUCCUACCCAUACGUAGCUUAUCAAUCAGACUGCUUUGCAAAGCGCUUUGGAAAGGUUCUGAUAAUUAAUAACACUUAUGAAGAGGAAGUGAGUGGAGAUGAAGAAUAUUUAAAACAUUUGGUUUACAAUUAUGGACCGAUUGUGGUAGUCAUUUAUGCUUCUGAUAGCUUCACACAGUAUGCAGGCGGUGUUUUCUCUGAAUCUGACUGUCCAAAUGAUAUGGACAGCUACAAUCAUGCAAUAACUGUUGUUGGCUACGGAACUGAUCCUGAUGGUGGUGAUUACUGGAUCAUCAAAAAUAGCUGGGGAUUGGAUUGGGGUGAAUAUGGAUAUGGACGAAUUGCUAGAAACCAAGAAAAUAUGUGUGGAAUCGCCAACUAUGCGAUGAUGCCUUCAAGUUCUUGGAUAUCUGAAACAAAUUUUAAUAUAACAAAUAACAGAAAGAACUAGAAAUGGUCACUUCCGUUAUCGAUUAACAAAUAAAAAGUUUUUUAUUUUCCUUACUGCUAAAAUCAAAGCAUUUAAUUACAUAAUAGACAAAAAAAAUUUUUAAUGUCAAAUGCACAUUUUAAUCAUCUUGUGUCAUAGCAUCAACUAUUAAAUCAACAAUAUGCCGUGGCAAGUUUAGUGGCUUAUCUGAAAGAUUCUGCAUGUCUCCAUCGGUCUCGUGAAUGUCAUAAAAGUCUUUUCCAUUAAUCUGCUUAACAACAAUCACCAAUCUUUCAAGAUCCAGCGAGUUUAAGAAACUUUCAUCAUCUAAAGGCUCAUCUGUCAUUGGUUCUGUGUCCUCAAUACAAAUUCUAUCAGGUUCUGGUUCCAUACAAAUGACUGAAUUGUCCGUGAAUUGUGCAGACACUGUUUGAUCAUUUGAUUCUUGGACAGACAAUGAAGCUUCUGUAUUCAUGCUUGAUAGAUAAGAUGGUUGUGCUGACAAACUCGAUGAUGCAGUGGAUAUACUUGGUAAAUCAAAUGACGAUUCAACUGAUAUUAAUGACAAAUUGUAUGAUGGUUGCACAGAUAUCACUGCUGGACUAUAAGAAGGUUUUGGGAACAUGACCGGAGGAGUAAAUGACGAUUUGACUGAAAUUAUUGACGGAUCAUAAGAAAUUUCUGUAGAAUACGAUGACUCUGCUGACAAUAUCGAUGGAUUAUCUGAUAUCUCUGACUGAUUAUAAGAUGGUUCGAUAGUAAUGUCUGAU